CUAUGCAAGAUCCCAGGGGGGAGCCGGAACACCUGUGCAAGACUGAAGGGGAGGAGCCGGAACACCAGUGCAAGACUGAAGGGGAGGAGCCGGAACACCUGUGCAAGACUGAAGGGGAGGAGCCGGAACACCUGUGCAAGACUGAAGGGGAGGAGCCGGAACACCUGUGCAAGACUGAAGGGGAGGAGCCGGAACACCUGUGCAAGACUGAAGGGGAGGAGCCGGAACACCUGUGCAAGACUGAAGGGGAGGAGCCGGAACACCAGUGCAAGACUGAAGGGGAGGAGCCGGAACACCUGUGCAAGACUGAAGGGGAGGAGCCGGAACACCUGUGCAAGACUGAAGGGGAGGAGCCGGAACACCUGUGCAAGACUGAAGGGGAGGAGCCGGAACACCUGUGCAAGACUGAAGGGGAGGAGCCGGAACACCUGUGCAAGACUGAAGGGGAGGAGCCGGAACACCAGUGCAAGACUGAAGGGGAGGAGCCGGAACACCUGUGCAACACUGAAGGGGAGGAGCCGGUACACCUGUGCAAGACUGAAGGGGAGGAGCCGGAACACCUGUGCAAGACU